AUGCAAUUCGAAGUUAUUGCAAAAUGCCACACAACUCGAGCGCGAGUUUGCAGAAUGAAGCUUGCCCAUGGCGUCACAAUGCUCCCUACAUUCAUGCCCGUAGCAACACAGGCAGCGAUCAAAGGCUUGACCCCACAACAGGUUGAAUCGCUCGGAAUCACACUCAUUCUGAAUAACACAUACCAUCUGAAUUUGCGACCUGGGAUUAAAGUCCUUGAUGAAGCGGGAGGGGCCCACAAAUUCCAAGGUUGGAACCGUAACCUUCUCACCGACAGCGGAGGCUUCCAGCUGGUCUCUUUGAGCAAGUUCACCAAAAUCACUGAGGAUGGUGCUUUGUUUGCUAGUCCAUUCAAUGGAGAGCCCACAAUGCUGACGCCUGAACAAAGUAUUUCUAUACAGCAUUCAAUCGGAGCGGAUAUUAUCAUGCAACUAGAUGACGUGGUUAGUAGUUUGACUGUUGGACCUCGAGUUGGCGAGGCCAUGCACCGUUCUGUUCGAUGGCUCGAUCGUUGCAUCGAACAGCAUGAAAAAUCCGGCCGGAAAGACAAACAGAACCUUUUUGCCAUCGUUCAAGGAGGGUUGGACCCAGCCUUGCGAGAUCUAUGUCUUGAUGCAAUGAUCGAGCGGAAGGACCAAGUCACCGGGUAUGCUAUCGGGGGUCUUAGUGGAGGAGAAGAAAAGGACGUGUUCUGGAAGAUUAUCAAGCAGUGUGCAGACCGGCUACCUUCAGAUCGGCCCCGCUAUUCCAUGGGCGUAGGUUUUGCAGAAGAUCUACUAGUCUGCGUCGCAUUGGGUGUUGACAUGGCGGAUUGCGUGUUCCCUACUCGGACUGCAAGAUUUGGUGUGGCCUUGACUUUCAAGGGUCCCCUCAACCUCAAGCUCGGAAAGCACACAAAGAGCAUGGAUCCUAUAGACAAGAGUUGCCCUUGUCCGACAUGUGCAAGCGGCAUGUCCCGAGCUGUGUUGCACCACAUUGUCACGAUAGAGACAGCUGGUGCCCACGCCCUCACGAUUCACAACCUUGUUUUUCAGGCCCGGGUUAUGGGCGGUGCAAGAGAUGCUAUUCUCGAAGGUCGAUUCCCUGAGUACCUAAGGUCAUUCUUCUUCGAUUACUUCGGUGACACCGGAUACCCCGAAUGGUGUGUAAACGCUCUGCGAAGCGUUGGGGUAGACCUAAUGCAGGGUGUCGACGUGCCGUUAGUAAAAGGCUCCGGAGUGAGGUGGGAGUACUCGGAUGCGGCUUGA